AUGGAAGACAUUGCAGUGAUCGGGCUCGGGCUGCGGUUUCCAGGGGACGCCAGCUCCCCUGAGCGGCUCUGGGACGUUCUCGCCGAGGGCAAGUCACAGUGGUCCGAAAUCCCUCAAGACCGCCUCAACAUCGAUGGCUAUUAUCACCCCAGCGGCGACCGGGAAGGAAGCAUCUCCUUUCGCGGCGCACACUUUCUCAAAGGGGACGUGGCCGCGUUCGACGCACCGUUCUUUUCUGUUGCGGCCGAAGAGGCUAAAGCGGUUGAUCCGCAACAGCGCAUCCUGCUCGAGGUUUCGUAUGAAGCCAUUGAAAACGCGGGACUUCGCAAGGAGGACGUCGACGGCAGCGACACUGCAGUCUACGUCGGCUCAUUCGUCAAAGAUUAUGAGCAGAUUUGCGUAAGAGACCCGGACUGGUCACCACAGUAUGCGGCGACGGGCAACGGUAUCGCCAUCAUGGCGAACCGGAUAUCGCACUUCUUCAACUUUCAUGGUCCAAGCAUGACCCUCGACACGGGCUGCAGCGGCAGUCUCGUUUCGGUCCACCUCGCGGCGCAAAGCCUGCGAAGCGGAGAGUCGUCUUUGGCCCUGGCUGCUGGUGCGGCCUUGAUCCUGACGCCGGCGACGAUGAUGCCCAUGACGGCGCUCAACUUCCUCAGCCCGGAUGGCAAGUGCUUCACCUUUGACUCCCGAGCCAACGGCUACGGACGCGGCGAGGGCGUCGGCGUCGUGGUGAUGAAGAGGCUCUCGGACGCGCUCCGGGACAACGACACCAUCCGCGCCGUCAUCCGCGGCACGUCGGUCAACCAGGACGGCAGGACGCCGGGCAUCACGCUGCCCAGCAAGGAGGCGCAGGUGGCCAACAUCCGCCGCGUCUACGCCAACGCCGGCCUCGACUUUGGCCAGACCGCGUACGUCGAGUGCCACGGGACGGGCACGCAGGCCGGCGACUGGCGCGAGCUGGGGGCCAUCUCGGAGACGCUGGGCGCCGGUCGACCCGCGGACAAGCCGGUCCUUGUCGGCUCCGUCAAGCCGAACGUGGGGCACCUCGAAGGCGCGGCCGGCGUGGCGGGCCUGAUCAAGGGCGUCAUGGUGCUUGAACAUGGCCGGAUCCCGCCCAACAUCAACUUUGAGAAGGGCAACCCGGACAUUGACUUUGAGGCAUGGAAGGUCAAGGUUCCCCAAGCGGUGUUGGACUGGCCGGUAGCAGGCGUCCGCCGCGUGAGCGUAAACAGCUUCGGGUUCGGCGGCACCAACGCCCAUGUCAUCAUGGAUGAAGCGCCAGUCUACAUGUCUGAGCGCGGUCUCGAGGGAAACCACAGCUCUAUCGUGGCCGCGACGACGCCCAUGCCCGGACAACAAGGAGUAAGUGCCGAGAGCGGGCUCUCUGGCGGCGAACUCCUGCAUCUAUUCUGCUAUUCAUCACACGACAAGGGCGGCGUCUCGAGGAUCAUCGACUCUCAUCUCGAAUUCCUCCACGACGCAGAGGAGGAUCGCGGCACGCAAGAGUACCUCCGCGACUACGCCUAUACGCUCAAUUGUCGCCGGUCCGGCCUGGAGUGGAAGGCGUUCAUCCUCGCCCGGUCCCUCGCGGACCUCGGCUCCAAGUCUCAGUCCUUGGACCCCGCGACCAUAGUCCGCUCCUCGAGGGAAAAGACCCCUCGAGUCGGCUUCCUCUUCUGCGGCCAGGGGUCGCAGUGGGCGCAGAUGGGCAAGGGCCUCAUGCCGCUGGAGCCGUUCCGCGCGAGCAUCGAGCAAGCCAGCCGCUACUUGCACGAUAAGCUGCUCUCGCCGUUCAACCUCCUCGAGGAGCUGCUCCGUCCGGAGGCGGAGUCGGCCAUCGGAGAGCCGCACAUCUCGCAGCCGGCCACGACGGCGCUGCAGGUUGCUCUCGUGGACCUCAUGGCGACGCUGGGCGUGACGCCGACGAGCGUCGUUGGCCACUCUUCCGGCGAGAUUGCCGCGGCGUACGCCAAGGGCGCUCUCUCGCGGGAAGAGGCAUGGGAGGUGGCCUACUACCGUGGGCUCACGGCGGCGAGCAUCCCCUGGCGCGCGCCCAAGCUCAAGGGCAGGAUGAUGGUGGUGGGCAUGUCGCAAGACGAGACGGCCAAAUAUCUGCGGUCGGUGAACAAGUCGGCUCAGAUUGCCUGCAUCAACAGCCCUCGAUCGAUUACGAUAUCGGGUCAGGAGGAGGCCAUUGAGUUCAUCGACGCGGACCUUCGAGAGAAGAAGGUCUUUUGCCGUGUCCUCUCGGUAAAGACGGCUUACCACUCGUCGCAUAUGAAGCUCGUGGAGCACGACUACAAGGCCCUGCUCGCCCACAUGAGCCCCCGCCAGGGCCGUUCGUCGGUUCGCAUGUUCUCGUCCGUCUCGGGAAGCGAGGUCGACGGCAGCCACCUGGACGCGGCGUAUUGGGCCGCCAACAUGGUAUUUCCCGUGCAAUACGUCGCCGCAGUCGAGGCCAUGAUGGCCGCACCUGAAGAGGAACGGCCGGGCGUUUUGAUCGAGCUGAGUCCGCGGGCGGCUCUUCGGUCUCCAACGGCGGAUAUCCUGUCGAGUGAUGGCCCAUCGAGCACGCAGCCCUCGUACUACUCCGUACUCGAUCCCCGCCAGGACGCCAGCACAUUGUUCCUCGGGCUCAUCGGUGGGCUCUGGUCCCGUGGAUGUGACAUCGACAUGGCGAAAGUCACGGGUCUCGUGUCUGGUGGCUCUCGGGCCAAGUGUCUCUCUGAGCUGCCCCCUUACCCCUGGAACCACAAGAGAUCGUACUGGCACGAAUCCCAUCAAAGUCUGUCCGUCAGGUUCCGGGAGCACCCCCGGCAGGACCUCAUCGGCGCGCUGACAGUUGACUCUACACCCUUUGAGCCCCGGUGGCGCGGCUUCCUGCGCGUGUCGGAGAACCCCUGGAUCCAAGACCACCAGGUGCAGAAGACGAUUGUCUACCCGGCCGCGGGCAUGAUCUCCAUGGUGCUGGAGGGCGCCAAGCAGAUUGGGCGCAACGUUCCCCAACUGCUCGGCUAUGAGAUUACAGGCAUGCAGAUCGACAGGGCCAUGAUUGUGCCCAACACGGCGUACGGCCUCGAGGUCAUGCUCGUCAUCAAGUCGCCGCACCGCGAGUCGGCAGACGGGUUCAGCCUUGACAAGAAUGACUUCUCCAUCUACUCGAUGCAUCAGGGCCGUGAGUGGGAGCGCAACGCCACGGGCUCUCUUUACUUUCGACAGCGCUCCCACGGCCGAGAGGCGGCCUUCCGCACGCAAGCGGCGCGUCACGAGGCCCUCGAGGGCUCUUGCAAGGAGACGCUCAACCCGCGGCAGCUCUACGAGUUUCUCGACACCGUCGGCAUGAACUACGGGCCGCUGUUCCAGAACAUGACGGAGAUUCGCAGGGACAGCGGCCUCGGCGCCUGCGUCAGCACCGUCCGCGUCCCCGACACGCGCUCCAAGAUGCCCGCCAGGUUUGAGUAUCCGCACCUCCUCCACCCGGCGACGCUCGACGCCAUGUUCCAGACGCUCUUCGCCGUCGACUCCUCGCCCAUGGUGCCCACCUCCAUCGCGAGCAUAUUCGUGUCCGCCGACGCGGGCGCCGCCCCCACAGACGUGCCGUUUAGGGGCUACGCCGAGGCGAGGCGCAGCGGCAUACGCGACGCGGACGCCACCAUCGUGAUGAGUAGGCAUGGGGGGGAGUCCAUGUCGCGGACCGAGCACGUCAUCAUUGAGGGGCUGCACAUGACGGGCCUGUCCUCGCCGUCGCCUGCCGAAGGGGGCUUCUUGCCGAACCAUCGCAACUUGUGCACUGAGAUCCUCUGGGCCGAGGACGCGGCGUUUGCGAAGCCCACGUCGUUCGCCGAGUGCGUGCGGCUCUUCGCGCACAAGUGUCCGGCGCUCGCAGUGCUGCAGGUCGGCGGAGGUAUCUCAGCUGCGGCGGCAGUCGUUGAAUGUCUGCGUCCUCAAGAUGACGAGACGCCGCGCCUCGCACGUUUCACGGCCCUGGACCCUGACACGGACGUCAGCUCCCAAAUUCUUGCCCAAGUGAGGGGCACGACGCUGGAACCUUUCGUCGAGCUCCACCCAGAUGGCUCUGGCUUGUUUGCCGACUAUGACCUAAUAGUCGUCCUCGAUAGUGCCGUUGUUGAGGAUGAGACUCUGCGGACACGACUCAAGCCUGGAGGCGUAUUGCUGCGGCAUGGUGCCGGUGUAGACCAGGCAGAAUUGUCGUUUGAACCUUCGUCAGGACCAGCUCUGCCACUCACAAGCUACAGGAAGGCCUACAAGGCCACUGACGGCCAAGAUGUCGUUGUUCUCGUGCCCCAAUGCCCCGACCAAGACGUCGCCACCCUGUCCGACACCGUCCAGGGGCUCGUCAAGCAGGCCUGCCCAGGGAUCGAAGUGACCUCGAUGUCCAUCAACGACUUAGAGAAGGAGUCAACAUCUCUCGGCGGUAAGAUCGUGGUCUCCCUCCUCGACUUCGCCGGCGCCAGCGCCUCGGAGAACUACUCCGUCUUCGCAUGGACCGAACCCGACUUCGAUGCCUUCCGCACACUCCAGCGCACGGCAAAGGGCAUCGUCUGGCUCACCCGCGGAGCCCACAUGACGCCCCUCAACCCCAGAGGCGCGCCCAUCAUCGCGCUCGCCCGCACGCUCAUGUCCGAGGACCCGCUCAAGACCAUUGUCACCCUGGAUCUGGACGAGGCCUCGCGCCUCACCGAUCCUGCCGUCGGGCAGGCCGUGUUGCGCGUCCUGCGCCAGACGUUCCACGUCAAGCACGGCGCUGAGCCGCGUGAGACGGAGUACGCCGAGAAGGACGGCAGGCUGUACAUUCCCAGGCUCGCGCCUGUGUGGGGGCUGAACAGACUGGUUGAGGAUGAGCACUUGCACGGCGGGUUCCUGCAGUUGCCGUUUGUGCCGGAAGAGGACGUUGUUGAGCAACAGCAUCAGGGCUUGAGACUCACUAUUGCGAAGCCGGGUCUCACAGACGGGUCGCUCUACUACACCGAGCUCGAGCAUCCAGAGCUCGGGGACGAUGACGUGGAGAUCUCCUAUGAGAAGGCAUCGUUGACACACCUCGAUCUGGACACGGUGAUGGGAAGGACGGUCGACGAUACCCUCGGGGUUGACGUCGUGGGCCGCGUCAAGCGCAUAGGCGCCAACAUCACGCACGUACGUGUCGGCGAGCUCGUUGCGGCUCUCGCCCCCGGCGGGACGAUCCAGAGCACCGUCUGCACCAAGGGAUCCCUCGUGGCAGGCUACACCCCCGGCUUCUCACCAGCUCUCCACGUCAGCGCCUAUUACGGCAUCGUACACCUGGGCAGGGCCGGGCCGGGCCGCAAGGUCCUCGUCCACGCGGGCGCGAGCGCGUACGGACUCGCCGCCGUGCAAAUGGCCGUCUCCGUCGGCGCCGAUGUGUACGCCACCGUGCUGGGAGCCGAGGCGUCGCAACAGCGAGAGGCUCUCGUCGCUCAUGGUUUGCCCGAGGAGCGUGUUCUCGAUGCGGACUCGGACGGCUUCGUCCAUGGUGUGCUGGCGGCGAGCGGCGGCAAGGGAUUCGACGUCGUGUAUAACCCGACGCAGGCUCACAUCGAAGCGAGCUCCAAGUGUGUCCGCAAGUGCGGGACGAUUGUCCAGUUUGCCAGCAGGUCAGCCGCGGCACGAGCACUGCCAGCAGCACCAGGUGGCUCGGCGACUAUCGUGAGCUUUGAUCUCGGCCAGCUGAUGCGCGAGGAUGCGGACUUCGUCGCAGAGCUGUUUGAUAAAACGGCGCCGCGCAUCCAGAGAGAAACCUUUGACGCAUCACGACGACAAUCCAACAUUGACCACGUCUUGGAAGUCGGCCAGCUACCGGCUGCUCUCGACAAGAUCCAAGCGACGCCGUAUCUUGGGCACAUCACACUUACGGCCGGCGGUACAGUCCCGGUCAUCAACACCAGCCCGACGAAGCCCCUCUCAGCAUGUCUCGACCCGGAGCGCACAUAUCUCCUCGCCGGCGGGCUCGGCGGCCUAGGUCGCAGCAUCUCGGAUCUUCUCGUCGCCAAUGGCGCCCGGCACCUCGCCUACCUCUCCCGCGGUGGCGCCUCGUCCGCGACGGCGCGCGAGUACCUCGCCAGCCUGCGGGCACGGGGGGUCGACGCACGCGCGUACGCCGUCGACAUCUGCGACGCGGACGCCCUCACGGCCACGCUCGGCGAGACCCUCGCCGUCGAGAUGCCCCCCGUCGGCGGCGUCUUCCAGUGCGCCGCGGUGCUGCGCGACGCCGUCUUCGACAACAUGACGUGGGAGGACUGGGACGCGGCCAUCAAGCCCAAGGCGCUCGGCUCGUGGAACCUCGUCCAGGCGAUUGAGGCCACCGCGGUGGUGGCCCCCCACGCCCAAGACGGCGAGACGCAAUAUCAACACGGCGGCGACGACGGCGACGGCGACAACUCGAGCGGCCGCCCCUUCUUCGUCUUCCUGGCCAGCUCGGCCGGCGUCAUCGGCAACCGCGGACAGGCCAACUACGCCGCCGGCAACGCCUUCAAGGACGCCCUGGCGCGCAACCUGCGGCUCCGCGGCCGCCACGCCGUCGCGCUCGACCUGGGCCCCGUGCUGGGCGCGGGUAUGCUCGCCGAGGACGAGGCCGUGCUGGACAUUUUGCGCGCGAGCGGCUUCUACGGCAUCCGCCACGGCGACUUCCUCAAGCUCGUCGCCCACGCCAUCACCGGGGAGACGACGACGACAGGCAUCCCCGGCGCCGCCUCCUCGCCCAUCCCGCCGCAGGUCACCCUCGGCGUCGGCACCGGCGGCAUCAUCCGCCAGAACCAGCCCGCGGACCCGUACUGGUCGCGCACCGCGCUGUACCGCUACCUCAAUCUCGUCGACGUGCCCGCCGCGCCUGACGGCCUGUCGCAGGCCGCGGCCGGGUCUGCCGCCUCCUCCUCCUCGUCCGGCGACCUCAAGGCACUGCUCGCGUGCUGCGAGAGCGUGGGCGCGGCGGCCGACGUCGUGCAGCGCGGGCUCAUGGGCAUGCUCGCCAAGGCCAUGAACAUGCUGCCCGAGGAGGUCGAUGCCGGGAAGCCCCCCAACGCCUACGGGGUGGACUCGCUCGUGGCCGUCGGGGUGCGAAACUUCGUCAUUAGCAGCUUCGGCGUGCAGGUGUCUGUGUUUGAGAUUCUUAGCGACGGGACCAUUGCGGAGCUGUCAUUGAUGAUUGUCCAAAAGGGGGGAUACGGGAGAGCCUAGGACGAAGCCGUGCUGAGCUGAUGAGCAGCGAGAGGUGGAUCAAUGUACAUGUUUUCGAACAUGUCGCUGUCGUUUACUUGAGCGUAGGUUGGC